CACAGCGGACGCCGACCGGCCCGUGAAUCAGCAGCGGACCCGCAGACUGAAGCCCGGCCAGCCUCCGGCGGCAGUCCUCGCUCCUCCAGCCCGGGCGCGGUGCACCGUCCUGGGGGUGACCUGCGCUCAGACUGAGCCUGUUUCUCCGGAGCUGUGCAGCCUGUGAGCGCGGCUCUGCUUCACCACCUGGCCUCCCCCUCCACCUUCCCUGCAUGUGUGUUUGUGUGCGCGCGGCCGUGUGAGGACAGUUCAGCUGAGCUGUUGGUGGGAGUUUUUCUCUCUCACACACACACAGAGAUCACACACACACACACACCUCUGGAUUGGAGGCAAUGCCCCCUCCUCCUGCUGAGCUUUCUUCCUGUUUCUGGGUGGAUUUUUGACUGGUUUACAGACCUCCUGGAUUGGGAUAUGGAGUGAUCCACCGCGCAGAGCAGCAGUGGAGGAAACAGCGUUCAGAGCUACAGACAGACUGGAUUUUCUCCCGGAGGCCCCCGCCGGAGUCGUCGACCGGGACUGAGCAGCUUCUCGUCACAGUUUGCCCACACGGGGAUUCACAUCUGCGAAUCUGAUGAAAGGAUGCUGCAGGGACCCGACGAGGGACUGAGCCCCACCUGAACCCCCUCAGAGCCCUCAGCGCCGCCGUCCCAUCAUGAACCUGCUGUGUCGCGGGCGCCUCAAGCUGCUGGUGGCGUCUCUCACGGCCGUCGUCCUGCUCACCUGGCUCUACCUGCUGGCUGGAAACCUGGAGAAUGGACGCUCCCUCCUCCUGGCUCCCUGUCUGGCCGACACGCCGGCAGCACGAGUCCUAGAGCGAGCCGUCCUGGAGUCUCGGGUUCGAGAGGUGGAGGAAGAGAACCGGCAGAUCCGCUUGCAGCUCAGCCAAUCGCAAGGCACUGCCGCCCAGCUGCCGGACGGUAACUAUGGCAACCAGCAGUGGGGAGCCUCCGCGGACACGGGACCGGAGGACGGGGACAACACGGCAGAGGAGAAGAACAACCACACCGAGUGUCCCCGAUCGCCCACCGUCCAGAAGUGUGAGCUGAUCCAUGUAGCGUGCGUUUGUGCCGGUCACAACGCCAGCAGAGAUGUGGUCACGCUGGUCAAGUCCGUCCUCUUUCACAGGAGAAAUCCUCUUCACUUUCAUUUCAUCACAGACACAGUAGCCAAUCGCAUCCUGAGCUCUCUGUUUCAGUCCUGGAUGGUCCCAUCUGUGCAAGUCAGCUUCUAUGAUGCAGAUGAACUCAAGUCCGAGGUGUCGUGGAUACCCAACAAACAUUACUCAGGUAUUUACGGCUUGAUGAAGCUGACGCUAACCAAAGCUUUGCCCUCAGACCUGUCAAAGGUCAUCGUCCUGGAUACGGACAUCACCUUCGCCACCGACAUCGCUGAGCUCUGGGGCAUUUUUAGGAAGUUCACCGAGAAGCAGGUGAUCGGCCUGGUGGAGAACCAGAGCGACUGGUACCUGGGGAACCUGUGGAAGAACCACAAACCCUGGCCCGCGCUGGGACGAGGCUUCAACACAGGAGUCAUUCUUCUCUACCUGGAGCGACUGCGGCGAAUCGGAUGGGAGCAGAUGUGGCGGCUGACGGCUGAGAGGGAGCUAAUGAGCAUGCUCAGUACAUCGCUGGCUGAUCAGGACAUCUUCAACGCCUUCAUCAAGCAAAACCCCGUCCUGGUGCACCAGCUCCCCUGCUUCUGGAACGUUCAGCUGUCGGAUCACACUCGCUCCGAGCAGUGCUACACAGAGGUGUCAGACCUCAAGGUGAUCCACUGGAACUCUCCAAAGAAGCUCCGCGUGAAGAACAAACAUGUGGAGUUCUUCAGGAACCUCUACCUGACGUUCUUAGAGUACGACGGAAACCUGCUGAGACGAGAACUGUUCGGCUGCCCGAGUCAGGCCAGUCCAGAGAGCGUGCAGCUGCAGGCGGCUCUGGAGGAGCUGGACGAGGACGACCAGUGCUACGACUUCCGGCGGGAGCGGCUCACGGUUCACCGGGUGCACCUGUACUUCCUGCAGUACGAGUACACGCCCGCCGAGGACGACACGGACGUCACGCUGGUGGCCCAGCUGUCCAUGGACAGGCUGCAGAUGCUGGAGGCCAUCUGUAAGCACUGGGAAGGUCCCAUCAGCCUGGCGCUCUACAUGUCCGACGCCGAGGCUCAGCAGUUCCUACGCUACGCUCAGGCCUCGGAGGUCCUCAAGAACCGCAAGAACGUCGGCUACCACAUCGUCUACAAGGAGGGACAGUUCUACCCCGUCAACCUGGUGAGGAACGUGGCCCUGAAGAACGCCAACACGCCGUACGUGUUCCUGACCGACGUGGACUUCCUGCCGAUGUACGGCCUGUAUGAUUACCUCAGAAAGUCUGUGGUUCAGCUGGACAUGGCUCACACCAAGAAGGCUCUGGUGGUCCCAGCCUUCGAGACGCUUCGUUACCGUCUGUCCUUCCCCAAAUCCAAAGCUGAGCUGCUCUCCAUGCUGGACAUGGGGACUCUCUACACCUUCAGGUAUCAUGUGUGGCCCAAAGGUCACGCUCCUACCAACUAUGCCAAAUGGCGAACAGCCACCACACCUUACAAGGUCGAGUGGGAGCCGGACUUCGAACCGUACGUCGUGGUGAGACGAGACUGUCCCGAGUACGACCAGCGCUUCGUGGGCUUCGGCUGGAACAAGGUGUCCCAUGUCAUGGAGCUGGAUGCGCAGGAGUACGACUUGAUGGUCCUGCCCAACGCGUUCAUGAUCCACAUGCCCCACGCUCCCAGCUUUGACAUCUCCAAGUUUCGCUCCAGCUCCAGUUACCGCAACUGUCUGAACACCCUGAAGGACGAGUUCCACCAGGACCUGUCCAGGAAGUACGGCUCAGCAGCUCUCAAGUACCUCACGGCCCAGAGGAACAUCUAACAAGCAGAACUGCUGAGAGCCAGCGAGUCCGUCAGCCUCCGAGCUCCUGACCGGCGAGGCCCGAGAGCUCGGACGUGUACUGAUGACGCAGCGCUGUGCUGCUGGCCGCCUCGCCGCGGAGCGCAAACAAUGACGGUAAAGCUUUACAGCCCCUUUGAACAUUAUCGGGCUCCUGUGCAUUAAUUCUCCAGUCGACUCCACCUCGAGGUGGCCGAGGACGAGAUGCGGAGACGACAGACCGGACUGGGCUGAACGUGGCGAGCGAUGACUGUGGAUACUGACGGGACUAGCUUUAAGGCGGGAAAUAACAACCAUAUUCUUAUAACUUGUUCUGACAAUCAGGGCUUUUUCCAGAAGACACGUGAUGGACCGGUCCGUCCACGCGGACACGUGGACUCGACGGGACUCGUGUAGUUUGGGGAAACGUUUGAAAGAGAAGACUACGUUUGAUGGUUUGUGUGAGGCCAGUCGAACUGGAGAAAGAGUUAAGCCUUAUCACGUUCCCUGUAUUUACGGAGAUAUUUAAUACUUUCAUUUCUCUUUUUUUUCCGAUGGAAAUCAGAACCAAUGAAUAACAAACGUUGGCAUUUCCAGUGUUUUGAUUACGACUUUGCAUAAGAAUCAGUUUAUUUUUCCUUUCUAUAUUUUCUGACCUCUUUUAAACAAACUCCAUCACGUCCCAGUGGAGUUGGUUCAGAUUUUCUGUGAGCUUCAGGGAUGUGCUUCGUAUGUGUGUGCGAGCGUCUGAUCCAGCUGCGUCGCCCGGCUCGUCCUCAACGCGCUUACCGACCGUCGUCAGUGUCAUUCCCGCUUUUGUCUCGAUCACGUAUUCGCUUGCAUGUAAAGAGUGGCGCUACAUGCCAUUUUUAGGGUUUUUCCCCAUCAUCCAUCCCUCUGAAAGAAGCAAAACUCUAUCAAUGAUAUCGGAUUUAUCAUUAAUGAUCGGGACCAACUCACGCGACCAACACCGACACCUUACAGUGAGUCGCUACAAGUGAAGCUAGCGGCUCUGAACGAAGCUGCUCCGCUCGGACGAAGGGCAGGUUUUUU